GUGCCAGUCGCAAGGAUCGCUUCUCGGGCGAUCGUCUACUGCUGCCUCGCGCUGCUCUCUUGCCGGUCUUCGUAUCACGAAUCUGUAGACACGAAGCAGCUCAUCUAGCGGCCCUAAAAGUUGCUGAACGGGAGCUAUGUCGACAUUAGGGAAGAGGAAGGAGCGCGAGGAUCAGGGUGAGGAGCAGGAGAAACAGCAUCAUGGGUCGACACUGUUCGUGUCCAACCUGCCUUACACUGCGACAUCUACCGACUUGAAGACCCUCUUCUCCGACAUCGCACCCGUGCGCACCGCGUUCGUUGUGCUCGAGCAUGGCACGGGGAUCUCGAAGGGUGUCGGAUAUGUCUCCUUCGCCAUUCGGGAGGACGCGACGAUGGCCAUCGACAAAAUUAGCAAAGAGGGGAUCACGCUCGACGGUCGAAGCCUGCGAGUGCAGUGGGCCGGAAGUAAGAAUAAGGAUCAUGAACAAGGCAACGAACCAAAAGAGAAGGCCGCAAAACCAGCCGCUCCCAAGCCAGCAAAGCCUGUAGCACCCUCCAACCCUCUUGCCAUCCGUACAGUCGUACUAUCCGGACUUCCGGCCGGGAUCGACUCGAAAGCGUUAUGGAAGAAGAUCAGGAAACUGUCAGGUGCGGAGAAAGUGGAGUGGCCCGUGAAGUCAGACUCUGGGCAAGAAGACGCUACCCUUGCUCAUGCCAUCUUUGAAACUCCUGCGAACGCCAUGGAGGCCGUGAACAAGCUCCACGCACAUGUGUUCAAGGGCUCGCUCCUCUCCGCUACCCUGAAGAAGCGUCUUGACAGCCUUGCGAAGGUGGCGAAAGCGAAGCCCGCCAAGCCCUCUGCUCAACAAAAGUCCGUAUUCGGCCCCGCGCCCAACCGCAACAGCCGGCUCAUCGUGCGCAACCUACCGUUUGACAUCACGGAACAGGACCUGCGCGCGAUCUUCCUCCCCUACGGCCCUAUCUACUCCAUCCACAUCCCCCUCACGUCCGACGUCAAGCCUGAAGAGGGCGUAAAAGCGGACGAGGGGAGCGACCAAAAGCCGCAGGUCAAGCAGCGCUCGAAGGGCUUUGCGUUCGUCUGGUUUCUGAGCCGGAAAGACGCGGAGAAGGCUAUGGAGGGCUGCAAUGGCACGGAAGUCGAGGCGGGGAUGGCGGAGGCACUCGUGUCCGACAAGCAGAAAAAGAAGAAGCAAAGAAGGGAGGAGAAGAAGUUGAAGGCGAAGGCAAAAAAUGAGGAUGGCGAGGGUGGGGAGGAUGAAGACGAGGACGACGAAACCGAUGAGAACCGGAGGAAGCGGACGAUCGCGGUGGACUGGGCGCUGAGCAAGGAUAAGUGGGAGGCGGAGAAGGCGAAGGUGGAGGAGGCGCUGGCGGAAGAGGAGCAUGCAGAUGUCGACAUGAAGGACGAGGAGGGGAGCGAGAGUAGCGAGGGGGGAAGCGGGGAGAGCGAUUCGGACGAACAACUUGGCGUGCACGACGGCGACUCGGACGACAGUCACUCGAAUUCUGAUGGGAGUGACUCAGACUCCGGAGAGGAUGACGAUGAGGAGAAGGACCAGAAGCCAGCCAAACCUACGUUGCCUGCACCCGAGGUCGGAACGACUGUGUUCGUCCGCAACGUACCCUUCGAGGCUACGGACGACGAACUUCGUACACUAUUCCGUGCGUUUGGUCCUCUGCGAUAUGCCCGUAUCACUAUGGACCACGCAACUGGCCGUUCACGAGGUACCGGUUUCGCAUGCUUCUGGAAUAAGGAGGACGCCGACAAGGCGAUCGAGCAAAGUGAUAUUCUUCGCGCCGAGACUGUGGGGAAUGAACCCGCGGUGACGACAAAGAAGAAUCCGUUCAAGCUCCCGUCCCUCCUUACGCCCGAUCCGUCAGCUUCCAUCGCCCGAAACCUUGUCCUGCACGGCCGCACUCUCGACGUCAGCCGCGCCGUCACUCGAGACGAAGCAUCCAAGCUGAAAGAGGCCGGCGAGCGCCAGCGCGAGAAGGCAGAUAAGCGUAACCUCUACCUUCUGCGCGAAGGCAUCAUCCUUCCCAACAGCCCGGCGGCAGAGCUGCUUCCGCCUGCGGAAGUUGAGAAGCGCACGCAAUCUUUCAACGCCCGCCGCGCCCUGCUGCGCUCGAACCCAUCCCUGUUCGUAUCUCGGACGCGUCUCAGUGUCCGCCAGAUCCCGCUCUUCGUCUCAGAACGCAUGCUCAAGCGCCUCGCCAUCCACUCGAUCCGCGCGUUCGAGAAGGAGGCAAAGGAGGGCAAACGCGGGCCCCUCAGCGCCGACGAGCUCAUCGAGCGUGCCCUGACCGAGGACGCGGACGACGAGGAUGUCAAGAUGGAAGCGGAGGACGACUCAUCGUCAAAGCCCAAAAAAGGGAAGCAUGAUGUGAAAGGCAAAGGCCGCAACACGGGCGUGAAGCAGGCGAAGAUCGUCCGCCAGCAGGACCGCGUUGACGCAGUGACGGGCAAAGGGCGGAGCAGGGGUUAUGGCUUCCUGGAACUCACAAAACAUGCGGAUGCGCUGCGCGUCCUUCGCUGGGCUAACAACAACCCCGUCGUGGGCCGGCUGUUUGAGGAGUGGUGGAAAGCAGAGCUGGAGGACCUAAUCGCCACGGAGAAGAAGAAGCCGGAGGGGAAGCGGGACGAGACGAGGAUGAAGCGGAUCAGGGAGGAGAUCGAGAAGGGUGUCCCGCCGAAGAGCAAGAGCGCGCUGAUUGUGGAGUUCUCUAUUGAGAAUAUUCAGGUUGUGCAGCGGCGUGCGGCGAAGACAGGCUCUGCAGGGAAGGAGAAGGAGAGGGAGAAGGGCGCGAAGGGUGGUAAGGAGCAGAAAGUGGCGGGUGGAGACAAGAAGGUACAGCGACGCAAGUCACUUCCGAGCAUCAAGACUGAGGAAGCUGAAGCGGAGCUGGAGGAUCGUCCCAAGAAGAAGCGACGUGUUUCAGACCCUCUCAAGCCAUCUGCCACGCCCGCUAAAGGCAAACAAGACCAGUCGUUGCCUGCCGAGCCCCCAAAGCAAGUUGGCUCAUUGAUUGGGCGGAAGCGGAAAGAGCGGAAGAUGAAGAAAGUGCGAGGAAAGUAGCUCGCUUGUGAUAGGCUUUCCAUGG